AUGGUUGGAUGGGCGAUAGCGCUUCACGGUGGCGGCGGAGAGAUCCCGCUCGACCUCCCAGACGAGCGACGUAUCCCUCGCGAGAUCGCCCUCCGUCACUGCCUCGAUCUUGGCGUCUCCGCUCUUAAAUCCGGCAAGUCUCCCCUGGACGUCGUCGAACUCGUCGUUCGUGAACUUGAGAACCACCCGGACUUCAAUGCGGGUAAAGGAUCGGUCUUAACAGCUGGAGGCACUGUCGAAAUGGAAGCUUCCAUAAUGGACGGGAAGACCAAAAGAUGUGGAGCGGUCAUGGGGCUCACCACCGUCGUCAAUCCCAUCUCUUUAGCUCGACUCGUCAUGGAGAAAACUCCUCAUAUCAAUCUUGCAUUCGACGCUGCUGAAGCUUUCGCAAGAGCACAUGGCGUUGAGACGGCCGAAGAAAGCCAUUUCAUAACUCCUGAAAACAUCGACAGGCUUAAGCAGGCCAAAGAGUUCGAUCGAGUUCAGUUGGAUUACACAAUGCCUACGCCGAAAGAACCGGAGAGUUUUGGAGACAGCCAAACAGGAACGGUCGGUUGUGUAGCGGUGGACAACGCCGGGAAUCUAGCUGCGGCUACAUCAACAGGCGGUUUUGUGAACAAAAUGGUUGGAAGAGUUGGGGAUACGCCGCUCAUUGGAGCAGGAACAUACGCGAACCAGAUUUGUGCAGUCUCAACCACAGGGAAAGGAGAAGAGAUCAUCCGUGGAACCGUGGCUAGAGAGGUGGCUGCGCUCAUGGAGUAUAAAGGCUUGUCUUUAGCCGAGGCAGGGGCUUAUGCUGUUGACCAAUCCGGACCUAAAGGAACCUGUGGGCUCAUUGCUGUGUCGGCCAACGGUGAAGUCACAAUGCCGUUUAACUCCACCGGAAUGUUCAGGGCUUGUGCCACGGAGGAUGGUUACACUGAGAUCGGAAUCUGGGCAAAUAACAUAAAUCAGAAGACGGAGGAGUAG